UUCGACGAUCCGUAGCUCACUGGUCUUUGAACCGGAGAUGAGGUGAAAGCGCGGGCGGCCAUUUUGUGGCGGUUUUCCAGAAGAGACGGGACGACAGAGAGGCCUGGUCUGGUCCAGCCAGGCCGGGCCUCCUCUUCCUCCGCCACCAUGUCCUCCUUCUCGGAGUCGGCGCUGGAGCGGAAGCUGUCGGAGCUGAGCAACUCGCAGCAGAGCGUGCAGACGCUGAGCCUGUGGCUCAUCCACCACCGCAAGCACGCCGCCCCCGUCGUCAACGUCUGGCACCGCGAGCUGCGCAAGGCAAAAUCAAGUAGGAAACUCACUUUCCUAUAUUUAGCCAAUGAUGUCAUCCAGAACAGUAAACGGAAGGGACCUGAAUUUACAAGGGAAUUUGAAACUGUUCUCGUGGAUGCUUUUUCACAUGUUGCCAGGGAGGCAGACGAGGGCUGCAAAAAGCCCUUGGAACGAUUGCUGACCAUCUGGCAGGAGAGGAGUGUGUAUGGCAGCGAGUUCAUACAACAGCUGAAACUGUCUAUGGAGGACUCCAACAGUCCCCAACCGAAAGAGAAGAAAAAGUCCUUGAAGGAGUCUGUGUUUUCAGUUGCAGAGAAGAAAAAGUCCUUGAAGGAGUCUGUGUUUUCAGUUACAGAGGAGAAGAAGUCCUUGAAGCGGACAUUUCAGCAAAUACAAGAAGAGGAAGAUGAUGAUUACCCUGGGAGCUACUCCCCCCAGGACCCCAAUGCGGGGCCUCUUCUGACGGAGGACUUGAUCAAAGCCCUUCAAGAUCUAGAAAAUGCCGCCUCGGGCGAUGCCACGGUGCGGCAGAAAAUAGCCUCCCUCCCCCAAGAGGUUCAAGACGUGUCUCUAUUAGAGAAGAUUACAGAUAAAGAGGCUGCGGAGCGCCUAUCAAAGACGGUAGACGAGGCGUGUUUGCUACUCGCGGAGUACAAUGGGCGCCUGGCAGCGGAGCUAGAGGACCGGCGCCAGCUGGCACGCAUGCUGAUUGAGUACACACAGAACCAGAAGGACGUGUUGACGGAGAAGGAGAAGAAGCUGGAAGAGUACAAACAGAAGCUGGCCCGGGUGACACAGGUCCGCAAAGAGCUGAAGUCCCACAUCCAGAGCCUCCCGGACCUGUCGCUGUUGCCCAACGUUACCGGAGGGUUGGCCCCUCUGCCGUCUGCUGGGGACCUUUUUUCGACUGACUAGGACACACAAGUGUCUGUAUUUCCCCCUCGCCUGCCUCUCCCUCUCCCAUUUUCCACUUGAUACCAGCAGAACACCUCCUUGGCGAACCUCAUUGUAACCUGACAUAGGAAGGAAUGGACAGAGACCCUCCGUUGAUCUCUCGCUGCUGUGUGGGGAACAUUUCUCUUGCUGGAAAGAAGAAAAAAGUCAUCCCGCGUGGCAGAGCUUUCCAUCACCUCCCUCAGUUUCCACUUCAGCCUGGGCAAACCCUGUGUGUCCUCCUGAGAGUUUUCAACAAUGACAGAGGCUGAUUUAUGCUUUGCUCCCACCCAGCACCCCCUGCAUAAAGAAGAACUUGGUUGUUUUCUGACUCGGUUUGGUGUGUGUGUGUCAAGCUUGAUUUCUCUGGAUCCUCCAUUACUAGGCAAAGAAAGCACAUUUGAGGGUAUGCUUUGUGAAAGGUUUAGGAGGGGACAUGCAGACCUCAGGUAAGCAACAACAAAAAAAGGAUGUUCUCUUGACCGCAACUGAAUGCCAUAUUCUUCCACGCAGCAGCCCUUGUUAGUCUGUCAGAUCUGGUUUCACUCAGUCUCCCCUUGUGUUUCUUUCAUCUCCUGUAACAUUUAGGAGCCCCAAGGAUCCAACUCUCCUUAGGUUUAGACCCUCUGGCUUGAAUACCAUGGGAAACCCUCUCAAAGCACUGUGACUAGACUCUCACCAAGACUUCCAACCCUUAGCAGCUGGAUUGCUCUCCUUCCACAAGCAAAUGGACCGGGCGGACACUUUCUAGAAAGAAAGAAAGAUAGGAGACGUUCCCAACAAAUUGUGGACAUUGAUUUGCAUACCUACCUUUAUAUAUUCAUCUCUCUUCACCAAUUUCCUGAGGAACCAAGGCAACCAAAAUCUCAAACAACCUUUCUUCACCCUAGUAUUUUCCAGAUGUGUUGAACUACAAGUCCCAUAUACAUCAAUGUGAGAGUUAUAUCAGCGUGUGUGUGUGUACAUGUGUGUGUGACCAGACUGGCUCCAUCAUAGGACAGCUAAUUUCACAUUUGAUGAUUUCUGUGUUCCCAGAACAAGCCAAGCCUCCUUCCUUCCUUUGCUUCUGUGAUAUUCCCAACUCAGAGGAACCAUCUGAUCCAGUAUCAUCCUUUAUACCAUUAUUUUGAAGAAGGAAUUAGUUUAGCAAUCAGCAUUUGGCCUGGAAGGUCUGCAUAUGCAUUCCAGCCCCCAAAAUGAAUUUCUUCUCAAAGAUGGGCCAGUUCUGAGUCCUGUGUUGUCAACACACAUCUUGGUCUUCACAGUAGAUGCAUCUCCAUGCAUGAUGCCUUUCCUCCAUGUUUGAAGUCACAGGAGAAGCAUCGCAGCCACAUUUUUGUUCUCCUCUGUGCUUCUCAAACCAGGGUCCCAUUUGCGGAGAGGAAAAGCGGGGGGUCUCCCCAUUACACUGACUGGGGUGGUCUCCGGCGGACGUCAAGCCCGUAUUCUUGCCCCCGAGAUGUUUUCUUAAAUCUGUAUAUGAACCGACCUAGAGAUAAAUCUAGAGAUAUAGGCUGCCAUUUUGGCAGCAAUAUAUUCUGAAAAGUCUCAUAAAUAUAUUUUUGAAUAAAGAGGGUGUCGUUCAA